GUCGAUCAGUUUACGUCGUGGUUGAGUGAUUGGCUUAUGUAGUAUGUAUAUAUGUACUAUGUUUCACGAUACGUUUGCAUUUACAGUCCACUCGUCGCUCGGUGAAGUCGCUGUACAAGUUUUUAAAAUGCGGUUAAUUUGUUUCUGGUGUUUCCUGUUGGCGGCGGUGGUGCGGGCUCAGAACAAUGGAUUCUACGCCCCCCAGACGUAUAGACCAGCUGACCCCACGCUCUUUAAACCACUGGCCUUACCAUGGAAUAACAAGAAUGAAGUGGAUCCGUAUCACCGGGCCCUGUUUUCACCAGCUAGGAAUGAUGUUCACGCACAGAGUACGACCGUGGUAGAACCCUGGAGACCAGCCCCAGUUAAGGAACAGUGGAGAGAUGAGCAGGAUCGUGGUUCCGUUCUCCCCAAGCCAGAACCCUGGCGUCUUCCAUACGGUCUGACGAAGGAGCAGCAAGCAGCCAUACUGCACCACAAACAGUCUUUGUCUUCUGAUGGUGCUUUCCGCUUCGAGUAUGCUUCGGACAACGGUCUGGCGGCCGGAGAACAGAUAGAACCUGACGGCUCCAGGGUCGGAGCGUACCAGUACAAGGAUCCAAGUGGCCAGCUCGUCAAGCUGAAAUACAGGGCUGGAAAGGAUGGGUUCCAGAUCCUGGAAGGAAGUCACUUACCUAAGAGUCCAGAGCCGGUUCCUCCAGCAAGCGGUGACCAGUACUACCAACAAGCGUAUGCCCAACAGCGGCAGCAGUAUACCCUGCAGCAGCAGUACAACCAGCAGAGACCAGAGCCACAGCAACCGUGGGGACAGAACCAGGGUCCCAAUGUGGAACAGAGGCCAGCCAACAACCAGUACUACGGGUCGAACUGGAGACCACAGGCCGCUGGCGAAGAUGAUGGACAGUACCGUGAAAACGAAGUAGACCUCAACAGACCUCAUAGCUUCGGGGAAGGCUACGCGUUCGCUUUCAAGGGAUAACUCAAGGAUAAGACAUUAACGACAUCUGUUGGCCAAUCAUAAGAACUACUUGGAACCUUGACACUCUUACUUCACCACUACUGAUUUACAACCGUACUCAGUAUCAUUUAAUGGUUGCUUAACUUACUCAGUCCUUUUAGCAAUAGGGAUGAUGACGGGGUAUGAAAAUUAAAAAUCUAUUUAGUCCGUCAGUUAGGUAAUGAAAAAAUAUUAGACACGUAUUUUUUAUUUUGUCGUAU